AUGAAAGCCUUCUUGAGAUCGUGUAAAGACUCUCUCAAGAACAUUCAACACGACUCAAUUCAUACGAUUUGCAUUGGAAAUCAAGCAAGCGAUUUGGAUUCCAUCAUUUCGUCCAUUACAUAUUCGUAUGCUCUUUCGAAAAAGAAUAAUGUGAAAACGUUACCUAUCGUGAACAUUCCACAAGAUGAGUAUAAUCUAAGAACCGAUGCCACAUGGUUUUUGGAAAAGUUUGGAGUUGGAGUUGAGGAUUUAAUUUUCUAUCAUCAAAAUCCAACCUUGAUUCAAAUUCUUGAAAAAUUAGCUCAAGAAAACACAUUACGUGUGGUUUUGACAGAUCACAACAAAUUAGCUCCUGAACAAGAGGAUUUACUUGGAAAAUUUGUUUAUGAAAUUAUUGAUCACCAUGCCGACGAAAAACACUAUACAUCAAUCGUGACACCUGAAAAACGAACCAUUGAAUUGAUUGGUUCUACCUGCACGUUGAUUGCAGAGAAAAUGUCACAUGAUUUUUUGAGCAAGGAGCGGGAGUUUUGUGAGGCUCUCCUUGGAACCAUUUUACUGGAUACUGUAAACUUGGAUCCAAAAUUUAAAAAGGUUACUCCAAAAGAUGAAACACAAGCAAAAAGACUUGCUAAUAUUAUUUCCUUUUCAAAAAAGGAUCAAGAUGAAUUGUUUGAAAAGCUUUUUUUUGAAAGAUUUAACGUAUCGAAAUUAAGUUCACAAGAUUUAUUGAGGAGUGACUAUAAAGAAUGGAAAAUGGGUUCGAAAAAUGUUGGAAUUGCUACAGCGAAGAGAUCUCUGGAGGAAUGGCUCGAGAAAGAUCCCAAUCUCGUUCAAUCCUUUAAGGAGUUCUUAGAAAAGAGAAAGCUUGACAUUCUCUAUGUCAUGUGUGCCUACACAGACAAAGACAAUCAGUUCAAGAGAGAACUCGCCAUUUACUCUCCCGAUACGACACACCUCAAGAAAGCUUGCUAUUAUCUUGUUCAACAUUGCAAGGAUAGUCUUGAUUUGACGCCAUGGUCUGUUUGCCAUCUCACCAACCAACACAAAGAAGAUCAAGUCCCACUCGUUUGCUCCUUUUUCACACAACACAACAUGGCAUCUUCACGUAAAAUCUUUGCCGAAGUGGUUCGAAACAUGUACGACCAGAACCUCCUACACUUGUGA